UGUUUAUUCCGAGGCCAAUCGUCUAGGGAUAAGCAGGAUUGUGAAUACCCUCCUUCUUUUAGAAGUCGGUAAAAGUAUGAUAGUAAUAGUUUUGAAAGUAUAACCAUUUCAUCAAAGUGAUUCAAAAGGGCUUCAGCGUUUGGCUUUUGGCCCUACGUUCGCCUUCCAAAAUUUAAGACUCUUCUUUAAGAUAUACGAAAAUCAGAUCAAUAUGUGGUGUUUGUAUUCAUUUCUUAUUUUAUUCGCACUCACAGCCAGUGUAUCAUCAGACUCCUCACCACAGCUGGCGCAGCGGGGCUCGUCAAUAGACGCGCUGAUGCAGCGACUGCAGCGAGACUCCUGGGAGCGCGAGGAAGCGCCAUGCUUGCAGAGCACGCUCACACUCUUGCACAAUGUCAAGAACCAUACGCUGUGGGCUUCUUGGAUUUGGAACGCCAACACGGCAGCCAGUGGGAACCUGUUCGGUUCGCUGACGAACUUCGGUAACUUCGACCAGUGCCUGAAGCCGCCCUGGCUGCGCACACAUCCUCACUUCAGCACCAAGUACUGCGUCGCGAGACUCACGCUCACUGAUCACAAGAAGACUGCACCUGACUAUGAUCCUUAUGGCUCUGUGGAGGAAUAUCUUAAUUCUCCGACACCAUCGGGUUUGCCAUCGAAUGAGCUAGUAUGGGGUGUAUGCGUGCCGGCGUCGUGCGGCGCUCGCGGCGCGGCGCGGCUCGGCGCGGCGAUGUGUGACGUCACCGCGUGCGCACCCCGCGCGCCCAACGUGACUGUCGACCACUGCCAAACUGCUGGAGAUAAUAAGCCAUAUGACACGGGAUAUCAUAUUUUUAUAAUACUAAUAGGAUCGUUGAUACUUACUGCUGCAACUUCCACCUGUUAUCAAAGUUUUUUUGACCAAGAAGAACAUCCUGCAAAGAGUUUACAAACAAUUAUAACGAAAUCGUUCUGUAUUAAGAAGAAUACUCAAGACUUAAUGAAGAAGAAUAAUGGAGAAAUCCAGUCGCUCCACGGCAUAAGAUUCUUAUCAGCAUUUAUGAUCUUAACAAUACACGAGUUCUUCUAUAUGAUGAUGUUUGGAGUUGCCAAUAUGAGAGAUUUUAAGGGCACUGAAGGAAUAAUAAGUACCCUUCUUCACGGCGAUGUGUUUGUGGAUGGUUUCCUCGCCAUAUCUGGUCUUCUUCAUGUUAAGGGCCUUCUAAGUAACAUUAAUAGACCCCAAAAUUUAUUCAGCAUUCUAUGGAAACGUUAUAUGAGAUUAAUUGGACCAUUCGCAAUGGUCAUGUUCUACCUAACUUCAAUGGCUCACCACGCCGGGUCAGGUCCGUUCUGGUUGCAAAGCAAUAAGGUGGAAGCUGAUGUCUGUGCCAAGAACUGGAUAUGGAGCUUACUCAUGAUUAACACUGAUCUUAAAACUGCUUGCCAUGUAGUCACUUGGUACAUAUCCUGUGAUUACCAACUGACAGUCUUGGCAACUAUACUCUUCUACCUUUACAAGAAGAACAGAAGACUUGGUUUUACUACUUUCGCUGUCGCAGCUACCGUCUCCCUGAUUGUACCAGCAGUUCUGACGUAUUGGUACCGGCUGCCUGUCGUGUUUUUUAUGGACAUUGGCCAGUGGUACCGAGGCGUUCAUGAAUAUUGGCAGGCCAGCAUCACCUACACUCCGAGCUACAGUCGCGCUGGCGCCUACCUCGUCGGCGUCGCCAUGGGAUACCUCAUGACUCUCUACAAGCCUGAUGAUUAUAGGAAGACUGUGUCUAAAACAUGGUCCACACUAGGUAUUGCUGUAGCCCUACCAACAAUGGCAUUCAUAAGUUUACUAGGAAAAUACUACUACCUUCGGGACUAUGAACCUCUAGAGGUUGCAGUUGUAGCUGCCACCAACAGAGUGGUUUGGGCUGUGAGCAUCUGUUGUGUCAUAGGAUUAUGCGAGUAUGGGACUGUUCCAAUACUUUCAGACAUUCUAAACUGGGUGGCGUUCACCCCUCUCAGUAAACUCUCCUACGGUAUAUACCUGAUUCAUCCUCUAGUUAUACAACGUAAGAAGUACAUACAAAGAGCACCCAUUACGUACGAUACAUAUUCAUUGUUUUUAGAUGCGAUGGGGACCCUAGUUGCGUCUACAGGGCUCAGCUAUGUUAUGUGGUUACUCGUUGAAGCUCCAGUUAUUAACUUGACGAACCAACUAAUAUUUAACAGAUCUAAGAAAUUGCCACCAAGUAAAGUUCCUGAUCAAAAUACUCAAGAUGAAGACGUAACUGAAAUAUUAAAACCAUCUUCUGUUCGACCAAUAUCAAGAAGAUUAGCGGCUAGAUAAUCCAGUUUAGGGUGUAUUUAAAUAAGACUAGUAUAGACUUUUACAUUUGUAUAAUUAUUUACAAUAAAUCUUUGGCACUACUAAAAUA